AGAUCCCAAAACCCCUCCAUCACGCAUUUAGUUCCGUCCGUAACCCGGUAGAUUUUCCCACGUGACCGCUCCAACUUCCUUUCUUGUGGCAGCCAUCGAGCAAAAUGGCAAAGAUCAAGGCCAGAGACCUGCGAGGAAAGAAAAAGGAGGAGCUGUUGAAACAGCUCGAUGAUCUGAAAGUUGAACUUUCCCAACUUCGCGUUGCCAAGGUUACAGGUGGAGCUGCCUCCAAACUCUCAAAGAUCCGAGUUGUCCGCAAGUCUAUCGCCAGAGUCCUCACAGUUAUCAACCAGACACAGAAGGAGAAUUUGAGGAAGUUUUAUAAGGGAAAGAAGUACAAGCCUUUGGACCUGAGGCCCAGGAAGACCCGCGCCAUCCGUCGUCAGCUCACAAAACAUGAGACCACCCUGAUGACCAAGAAGAUGCAGAGGAAGUCCCGCCUCUACACCAUUCGCAAAUUCGCUGUCAAGGCAUAAGCGGCUGUACUGUUUUUCACUGAAAAUAAACACCACACCCUGGAGUUAAAACGA